ACUUCCGGGUGUUUGAGUCUUCUUCUCUUUUCUGUUUCAGCUUCACAACUUUAUUAUUCUCCAGUUCGUUCAUAUUUUGAAAAAUGAGGCGUUGACGCGGCAGAGGAAGAGGAAGAAAGAGGAAGAGGAAGAAAGAGGAAGAGGAAGUUCGUUUUACAAACCGUGAAGGUAAAAAAGCAACAACAGUUAGAACCUUCGUGAGUCGGUUUCAUCUCGUUAAAGUCAAAAACCGUUGAUUGUGAUUGAAUAUGAGUCUUUGAUAUGAAACACGUCUGACUCGUUUGUAUGGAGGCUGAAGUUUCCACCUGGAUCAUCAGGACACAAGAGUUUCAGGAAGAAGAAGAAGAAGAAGAAGAUGGAGGUGGCGGAGCAGAGACGAGGCGUCAACCUGGCGUGUGACACCACAGAGGAAGAAACUCCUCCCUGGGAAUCAAAUGGUAUCUGUAACCACGGCAAUGGCGGCAUCGCCUCCUGUCCGGCUGACGCCACGGCCGAGGUCCCCAUGGAAACGGGGCAGAGCGAAGACCUCCCUGUGACAUCACAGACUCCAGGAAGUGGACCCGUGGUCGUUCAAGGCAGGAACCCGGCCAGCGAGAAGCUGCAGCAAGUCCGCAAGUGGAGCAUCACCACCUAUAAGUGUACCAGACAGGCGCUGUCGGAGAAGCUCGGCCGCGGCUCGCGCACGGUGGACCUGGACCUGGAGCCGCGGCUCGAGCUGCUCAAAGACGACCGGCGGCGCUUCGACCAGGCGACCAAGCUCGCGCAGACGCUGGCCGACCAGGUCGCCCAGCUGGCGGCGACGCAGAAGACGCUGGGCGACGCCUUCGCCGAGCUCGGCCUCAAGACGCCCGCGCUGCACGUGGAGUUCGGCAUGAACGCGGAGGCUCAGAAGUUCCUGUGCAAGAGCGGCGAGACCCUGACGGCCGCCAUCAACUCCUUCACCGCCGACAUGAACACGCUGGUCAACAGGACCAUGGAGGACACCAUGGUCAGCGUCCGGCAGUACGAGGCCGCCAGGAUCGAGUACGACGCGUACCGGGUCGACCUGGAGGAGCUGAACCUGGGGCCGCGAGACGCCGUCACCCUGCCCAAACUGGAGCAGGCGCAGAAGGACUUCCAGAGCCAGAGGGAGCGGUACCAGAGGGUCCGAGAGGACCUGUCCGUCAAAGUCAAGCUGCUACAGGAGAACAAGGUCAAAGUCCUGCACAACCAGCUGUGGCUGCUUCACGGCGCCAUGGCGACCAACAGUUCAUCGUGUCACCGCUUCCUCCAGCAGAACAUCCGGCAGGCGGGCGAGCGGCUCAGCAGCCCCGACGUGGGCGUGGGCGCCCCCUCCUGGCUGGAGGAGAGUUAACCAAUCCAAAGACAACGCAACUAUUCGCCAGGUGGACGGACUUAGAUGUUUUUGGGGGAUUCUUGGACACUAUUUUGGGAGAUGCUUGAUUCGGGAUAAUGUCUUUGUCAUUGUAGGAUUGCUAGUAGGGUGAAAAAGGUCAUUUAUGCCAGAGGGGUAUUUGAUUUUGUAUCUCUGGAAACAUGUCGUUAGAGACUUUAGAGGGAAAGCAAGAAGCUGAGCGUGUUUUUUUCUGGGUGCUGGGUUGUUCAGAUGUACACUACUUGUGACCUCUGACCUGUUUAACAAGCACAUGUGUUAUGAUGAACCCCUCCCCAGGUUUUUUUUUUCUUGCCUCUCUCUCAGUGUGUUGGGGAGUAAAUCCAUCUAAUCCUCUGUGAGGCACUAAGCCUCUUUUUGAACUUUUAAGAAAAUCCUCCGCCACUGCAGUUAGAAACUGAGUGGGUCAACACUUCACUGCCUGGAAAACAGCCUCGAUUGUUCACAAGGACUGGUUUGUUCCUCACCUCUACGUCGAGGUUUGGCUCCUUCAGUCGGUUCCACUAAGCGCCGAGCUGUUCAGAUCUCUCCUUGAAUUGUCUGUCUUUCCCCUUUUCAUUGUUUAAGAAAACAUUCAGGCUGCAGUUUUAUAGAGUUUUUAACGUUACUAACGUAAACUUUACUAAAUACUAAACGAGACCAAAGUUGAUUUCAGCGGUUGCCCCAAACCAAAAAUGUUGCUGUACGCUGACGAUGUUGUGUGGUUUGUCCGUGAGGAAAGGUUGGUUGUAGCCAACAUUUCAUUGGUAGCAAAUGUCUAAUGAAACGCGACAUCAUCAUCUGCGUAUCAGCUUUUUUGUUCUUCGGUUUGCUACAUAGAUACAACUGUAGCAUUAAACUUUAAAAAACAAUACAUUUCUUAUGAACACUAUGGAAUGGAGGGGUUGAAAAAGCUUUUUGAAUCAUGUUGAAAUACUGUGUCGGUAAAGACUGAGGGAAAAUUUAUUCCGUUUAGCAGAAAAUGAUAAUAUGCGCUGAUAUUUUUUUGUGUUAUGACUCUGGCAACAGCCACGGCGUUAUGUUUCCCGGUGGUCCGCCCGCCGUCCGUCCGGUCGUCCGGUCGUCCCACACUCGUGAACGUGAGACACAUUGUUUGGCCAAAAAAUCUCAAACAUGUACACGUGUAUAACCACAAAGUACAAAAGCCUUUUAUUAAAAUUCCCUCUACGUCUUCAUUACAUAUAUUAUGAAACAUAUCCCGAUUGCAUGUAAACUGGAACUCUAAAAGGAUAAAGUAUAUCUGCCUCAGAUAUUUCUCACGGUUCUGUAUGACGACAUGUUCGGUGAAUGUUUGGUUGACUUGUGUGAAUGUGUGUUUUGUUUGCAUCACUUUACCUCAGGCCUGACAAAAACAACAACAACAACAACAACAAUUAUGCAAGGAGUGUUGAUGCUUUUGUGCAAUAAUGUCCAAUAAUCUUCUUGCCUGAAAAGGGACAUUUACUCUGUCUGUUACUUUUCUUGACUUUCUUGUGAAACUCUGUGAAACUGAAUUUUGCCUUGAAAGGCAACUCCUCUCAAUUAAGAAAUGUAAAACAGCUGUUUUAAAUGAAUUUAAACCUUGUUGUAAUGUAUUCUACUAUGCCAAAGAAAGAAAAAAACGUACAAAAGA